AAUGGGAAUUAUUAUUGGAAGUAGUUUGGGGAAAGAGCAACGCCAUUUUUUGUGUUCCUCUCAUCUCAGCCUUCAUUUCAUUCAAAAAGUAUCUUUUGACCAUCAUCACCUUCUUCCCUACUUCGUCGUCCCUGCCCCCUCUUUUCCUUCUUCCUAUUUCUCUCUCUCUCACCAAAUCAUCAACACUUCACAAUUCUCUCUCUCUAUCUCUCUUUCUGCUGCUAACGAAUGAUAACAUCUUCUUCUUCCUUUCAUCUCUCUGCAAUUCUUUGAUCAUGGGUAUGUGUUUCUCCGCCACCAAGGUCAGCGGCUCCAACAGCAACAACACCUCCAACCGCAACCGUAAAUGUUCCGCCGCACCGCUGGAGACCGCGCCUGCGCCGGCGCAGAAGAAGCAGCAAACCUCGCAUGGUCAACGGCGGCGGGCGACGGAGGAUUCGCAGAAGAACGCACGUGCCAAGGAUAAAGCGGGUGCGCGUCGGCAAGGGGGGCACGUGCCGUGUGGAAAGCGCACGGAUUUCGGCUACGAGAAGGACUUCGACAAGAAAUUCUCGCUCGGGAAAUUGUUGGGACAUGGUCAAUUCGGUUACACCUACGUUGGAAUUGAUAAAGUGAAUGGGGAUCGUGUCGCCGUUAAGAGACUCGAGAAGGCCAAGAUGGUUCUCCCCAUAGCUGUUGAGGAUGUUAAGCGAGAAGUCAAGAUAUUGAAAGAACUUACAGGCCAUGAAAAUGUGGUUCAGUUCUAUAAUGCUUUUGAGGAUGAUUCAUAUGUGUACAUAGUUAUGGAGUUAUGUGAGGGUGGAGAACUGCUAGAUCGGAUAUUGUCCAAGAAGGACAGUCGUUAUACUGAAAAAGAUGCGGCUGUGGUUGUAAGACAAAUGCUCAAGGUUGCAGCUGAGUGUCAUUUACAUGGGUUGGUACAUCGGGACAUGAAACCAGAGAAUUUUCUUUUCAAAUCAACAAGAGAAGAUUCACCUUUAAAGGCUACUGAUUUUGGUUUGUCUGAUUUCAUAAAACCCGGGAAGAGGUUUCAAGAUAUUGUUGGCAGUGCUUACUAUGUUGCACCAGAAGUGUUAAAACGGAAGUCAGGUCCAGAGUCAGAUGUAUGGAGUAUUGGAGUGAUUACAUACAUAUUGCUUUGUGGGAGACGGCCAUUUUGGGAUAAGACUGAGGAUGGUAUAUUCAAGGAGGUCUUACGGAACAAGCCUGAUUUCCGGCGGAAACCAUGGCCAACCAUAAGCAACCCUGCAAAAGAUUUUGUGAAGAAAUUGUUGGUAAAAGAUCCUCGGGCAAGAUAUACUGCUGCUCAGGCUCUAUCACAUCCAUGGGUUAAAGAAGGAGGAGAGGCAUUAGAGAUUCCUAUUGAUAUAUCUGUCCUGAACAACAUGCGACAGUUUGUGAAAUAUAGUCGGUUGAAACAAUUUGCACUAAGGGCAUUGGCUAGCACACUUAAUGAAGGAGAGUUAUCUGAUUUAAAAGAUCAGUUUGAUGCAAUAGAUGUGGACAAAAAUGGUUCUAUUAGUCUUGAGGAAAUGAGACAGGCUCUUGCUAAAGAUCUCCCUUGGAAGUUGAAAGAGUCACGUGUGCUAGAGAUUUUGCAAGCGAUAGACAGCAACACAGAUGGACUAGUGGAUUUCACUGAGUUUGUGGCAGCUACAUUACAUGUACAUCAAUUGGAGGAACAUGAUUCUGAUAAGUGGCACCAACGGUCACAGGCUGCUUUUGAGAAAUUUGACUUGGAUAAGGAUGGCUAUAUUACUCCAGAUGAACUUAGAAUGCAUACAGGUUUGAGAGGCUCCAUUGAUCCCUUGCUCGAGGAAGCCGAUAUCGAUAAAGAUGGAAAAAUCAGCUUACCAGAAUUUCGCAGGCUUCUAAGAACAGCAAGCAUUGGUUCUCGAAACAUAAUGAGCCCGGGUCGCUCCCAUCAUAGGAAGAUCUAGAUUAGAUGUGUUUUGGAGGCUGAGAUAAUUCAGGAGAUGGGAGGUGAAUAAGUGAUGAAUUUCCUUUAAGAUGAUCUCAUAUGCAGAUUUUGCUGAAGCCGUUGUGAAACUAGAGUUAUAUUCUGUGCACAUUUUUUCACUCUGACCAUCAUUAUAUGGAACUCUGAAACUACAGUUAUAUUGACAAUGGCAUAGCACACAAGAUUGUCUUAAGCCUAAUCUAGAGGACCAUGUCAAGAUGUGUUUAAUAGUGUGUGUAGAUCCUGCGUGGAUUGGCUUCAGGUUCAUGCAUCAGAGUUUCAUCGGUGUACAUCAUUCAAGUGUCGGGUUUUUUGGGCUUGUGUGCAAUACAUGCAAUGUGUAACACUGUAAUUAUAAAUAAAAUUCUUGUUUCUCCCCCCUCCCUGCAGAAUCAAAAAAAUCCGAGAAACAAUUGUCAAAUGAAAUAUAUUUAGAUUUCCGUUUGUUACUCUUAAUCA